AUGGUCUACACAGUCUUAGCCGAUGAAACAGCUGACAUAUCGGGAAAGGAACAACUCUCAAUUGGCUUGCGCUUCUACGAUGAAAGUAAAGAAAAAGUUCGAAAAGAAUUUGUGGGUUUUGUGGAGCUAACAGCACAAGAUGCCUCAACGAUUGCCAAAGCAAUCGAUAAUAUUUUGGUCAGCUAUAAUUUUUUACCACAAAAUUGUGUAGGACUUGGUUUUGAUGGCUGCGCUACAAUGGCGGAAAAUCCACCACUCGGAGGAAUUCUGCACCUGAACUUUCACGACUAUGUGAGACAAGAUGGUCUGAAAAAUAUAAAAGUAUUCGAUUAUUUGCACAAAAUUUCCCGGAGAUUGUCAAAGCACUUGAAAAACAAUUUACCGAAGGAAACCACGAGAAAAUCUGCAUACCAGCUGCACUCAGCCGUUACCAAAUCCUCAUUAGUUGUUGCUCUAACUAUAGUAGCAAAACACUCAGCUUUACUAGAACCGGUACUUAAUGCUCUGCAAGCACUAAGUAUCGAUUUGAUCCAGUUGCAAGAACAUAUUAACGUAAUCCUUAAUGUACUAAACAAAAAUCGUCAAGACGCCGACCUAGUUACUGCUGAAAUUAUUAUAAAAGCACAAGACCUUGUCAGGGAAUUGGAAAUUGAAAUUUCCAUCCCUCGACUUGACAACAAGCAAAUACACAGAAGCAAUUAUCCAUUAGACUCUGAUAGUGACUACUGGAAAUGUCCGUUAAUUAUACCAUAUUUAGAUUUAAUAUUAUCAUCGUUAAAUAGUCGAUUUUCCCAAGAACAUACCCCAGCUUUUGCCCUAACAAAACUACAUCCUCUGUACAUGCUCAACAUGGAUAUCAGUCAUGUAAAAGAAAACACUCGUUAG